CACCAAUUCCCCCUCUCCUCUUUCUCUCUCUCUCUCCCCCCAUUCUCUUCCCUUCCCUACAUUCUCUCUCUCUCUCUCUCUCUCUCCAAUCCCAAUUAGGGUUUGCUGAUCCCCUUCUUCCCCUCCCUCAUCCUCACUGGAUCAAUAUUGCUCCCGCUGUGCUUGAAUUGGAUAAUCAACCUUAAAGCUAUAUGUUCAGAGGUUGAUGUAUUACCCAUAAUCUUGUUGCUAUUAUGAGCAUUUGGAGGGAUGCUACUUGAUUGAUCUGGGAUGUUGUGGAGCAAGCUACCCUGAGUGGUUAUGCAUAUCUGCGUUGAGUUCAAUCAUCAUGUUCUUUUAUUAAUAUUGGGAACUCAUCAUGUUCUUUUAUUAAUAUUGGGAACUCAGUGAUUUAUUCUUCGGUUCUGGAAAGAGGGCACAACCACCAGAGGUUUUCCUGUAUCCAUGCUGUCGGAGAGCAUGCGUGGAAUCUGUACAUCGGGUAAUGCCCCUGUCGAGAUUUGCUGCCGAGGUAUUCGGUGUGGUGACGAUUUGUUUAGUAGCCAUCUUGAUUUUUCUUGGGUUGAUGUGCAUUGCUUACUCAUUUUACUUCCGCUCUCGGAUUCGUAGUCAACAUUUGCAUCAGCUCAAAUAUUUUAGUGGUCCUUGGAUUGUCAGAAUCACAUUCAUCCUAUUUUCAAUCUGGUGGGGCAUUGGUGAAAUUAUUCGAUUAACCUUGUUAAGGAGUACCUUUCACUUAAAAUGGCAGGACACUGUCUGCAAGUGUUAUAUUGUAUCAAAUAUGGGGUUUGCAGAGCCGUGCCUCUUCCUCACACUUGUAUUUCUCCUUCGUGCGCCUUUACAGGAAUUGGAGACUGGAAUUAUGAGCAAAAAGUGGAAUGUGAAAACUUCGGGAUGUAUUCUUCUUUACUGCCUUCCGAUGUUUGUUCUUCAGCUUUUUGUUAUUUUGGUUGGACCUCAGUUAGACAAGAAUAAGGGUUCUGGAAAAAAGUUGCCUCAUUAUUUUUCAAGUGCAGCGGUUGCCUCUUCAAUCGCUGGGGAGAACGAUACCACCCUCUGUACUUACCCUUUACUCAGCACUAUUCUCCUAGGCCUUUUUGCUAUCAUCCUGACUUCCUACCUUUUUUGGCUUGGUAGUCGGAUUUUGAAAUUAGUUAUUAACAAGGGUUUGCAAAAGAGGGUUUACACAUUGCUAUUCGCAGUUUCAUGUUUCCUUCCAUUAAGGGUUGUUUUUCUUGGUUUAUCUGUUUUAUCUGGACCUGAGCAUUUUAUGUUUGAAGCCUUUGUUUUCUUGGCUUUUCUUGCACUAGUAUGUUGUGCUGGGUUGUGCAUGGGCACACUUGUGUACCGUCCAGUUGCAGAUUGUCUGGCGCUGGGAAAUCUACAAGACUUGGAAGCGAGGAGGUUCCAGGAAGAUCAUAAUGAUAUUGUGUCUCUCAUUGCUAACCAGAGUCAUCUGGAAGAUAAUGUUGAAGAAAAUGCUCGGUCUAGUCCUGGUAGAUAUUCUGAUGCAUCGACAAAGCGUGGAUCAAUUUCAUUUCGGACAUUGGAAAAGGGUGUUACAUCAACCGGAACAUUUGUAGAACUAAGCCUCUUCUCCCCCAGCCGCAGUGCAACUCCUCCAGGAUCGCCUCCUCUUCUAGGUUGGCCUAUGCGAUCCCCAGCACAAGUCAUUGGACCAUAGAGGCAGGCUGGAAACUAAAUAUGUUGGGUGAAAUAUCAAUUUUGUGGAAAAGGGAAAACUGAUUGUAAAGGAUUUAGCUUCAAUAAGGCGUCUUUUUUUCUUAUGUUUGCUAAUUCUAGGUAUAAUGUUUUUCCCUGGAAUUUAUUGUGAGUACCUUUUUACUUUUCUGUACCAUCUCGACAACGUUUUACCUGUUUCUAAUUUUGUACUUGAAAUGUUGGAAUACUCUUACGUGAAGUCAUUGGGUUACGACUUAAUGUUUGAUUUGAGAUUUUACCAUCUCUGACAA